AUGAGGCUGGCUAUAAAACCUCUGUCCCACUCCACAGCCAACGAGUGCAUCGCAGCCCCGCUGACAUCCCCGUUCCUCCCUGCGAGCCACCAAAAGGGCAGGAUGGAGGCAAGCUUCACCCGGAUGCUCUAUGUGCUCUCUCUGGUUGUCAUGGCCUAUGCCUUCACCCAGGAAGGGUUCAAGGAAGUGAUGCUGAAGCAGCUGGGGCUCUCUGAAGUCCCUAAGCUUCAUAAGAGAGACCUGAUGGACCUGGUCAUUCCCGAGCACGUGAAGAACAAGUACAUCUCCAUGCUGAAGCGGCACAGGGGGAAGCGUCGUGCCUCUCCCAGCUUGGCCAGCAUCCUGCAGGGGAUCCCCGGCAAUGCAGAAGUCUUCUACUCUGACCCCAUGCGCCAGAACUUCAUCUUUGACAUGGAGGGAAGGAUACCAAAAAACAGUGAAGUGACAAUGGCUGAACUGAAGCUUUUCAAGAAGCCCCUGGACAGGGUGAACCUGCCAGCCAAGCAGCCCCAUCGGCCUGUCUCCAAUGCCAGGGUCAGCAUCUACUGGGUGCAGAGACAGCAUGAUGGCACAAACAGGACCUCACUAAUCGACUCAAGGCUGGUUCCCAUAAGAGAGUCUGGCUGGAAGAACUUUGAUGUGACCCAGGCUGUGCAUUACUGGCUGCGGAACAAGAGGCAGGAGCCAAUGGUCCUGCAGGUCUGGAUUGAAGGGGAAAUGGUGGGCAGCUACGCUGCAGAGGUUGCCAAGGCCGUGCGCUUCACCUCACAGGAUGCUGGGGACAGAGCUGUGGGAAGACCUGAGCUGGUGCUCUACACCCUUGACUUGGAGGACUAUGGGGGCCCUGGGGACUGCAAGGAUGGAGUGCAGGCAGGAAAGUCCACCUGCUGCCGGCAGAAGCACUACAUCAACUUCCGUGAGCUUUCCUGGACGCAGUACUGGGUCAUCGAGCCGGCAGGAUACCAGGCUUACAGCUGCCGGGGGGGCUGCCUGCAGCUUCCCGGCCCACUGCAGCGCUGGGGAGGCAGGAAACGUGCCUGUGCUGUGGCUGAGAGCUCCCCGCUCCCUAUCAUGUACCUGGUCCAGAGGGGCAACCACACCGAGAUUGAGGCAACUGAAUUUCCCAACAUGAUCACCGAGAAGUGCAGCUGCAUGGCAGAUGGUGCAGCACUUCUGUGA